AUGAGACUCUCUGUAGGAACAACUACUUCAGAUCAAGAUGAGACAGAACAAUUUUGUGAGUGGUUAUUGAAAGUUGGUGAUGGUCUAAUAGGUGAUAAUAUAGAUAGUGAAUUUGAGAUAUGUCUUUCAAAAGAUAUUGUUAUUCUUUCUUCGGACCAGGCAUUUGAUGAGUUGGUUCAUUUUUCUUAUCCAAAUAUUUUAAAAAACAUGUCUUCAAAGAAUUUUUUCAAAGCAAGGACUAUACUGGCUCCCACACUGGACAUCAUUGAAGAGGUCAACAAUCAUCUGAUGGCUAUCAUUCCUGUUGAGGAAUUACUGAAUAUUAUAAAUUGCUCUAAUUUGCCUCCACAUAAAUUAAUACUCAAGAUUGAUGUUCCAGUGAUGUUACUAAUGAAUGUUGACCAUUCUAGUGGUCUUUGUAAUGGUACAAGGCUACAAGUUAGGAAGCUUGAAAAUCAUGUCAUAGAAUGUGAAGUUUUAAUGGGUAACAACGUUGGUCAUAUUGCUUUGAUUUCAAGAAUGAAUAUGGUACCAACAAAUGAAACUGUCCCAAUUAGAUUUCAACGAAGAUAG